GGCCCAAUAAACCCGCAAGGCAGUCUGGGUGACAUGCUUUAUCGUUCCAUAUUCCAAAGUUCAAUAAAUCGGUAUACUGAGCAUUUGCAUCCGAAAAAUCAUGGCAGAAUUUAAGAGAGAAGUACUUAGACCAGGCGAUGGUACUCUUCCCAAGAAAGGCCAAAAAGUUUUCGUGCAUUAUACAGGAACAUUAACUAAUGGCAAGAAGUUCGAUUCUUCAAGGGAUCGCAAUAAGGAAUUCUGCUUUGUCCUUGGAAAAGGAGAAGUUAUAAGAGGAUGGGAUGAAGGCGUUGCCCAGAUGAGUAAAGGGGAGCAAUCAAAACUGACGUGCCCUCCUGAUUAUGCCUAUGGGCCAAAGGGAUACCCUGGUGUUAUUCCACCAAAUGCAACUCUCAUCUUUGAUGUUGAAUUACUGAGAUUUGAAUGAGUUUUCUGCAGUUUGGAUAAGCCAGCCUUCAUUUCUUUAUUAUUGAUUACACUCCUGUAGAACCUAAAGUAGUUGGAAAAUAUAAUGUAAUCUUAUUAUUACAUCUCUAGAAAUAGAUAGUUGUGGGCAAACAAGUUUUGAUAAAAACUCUUCAAUUCCUGGUAUUACCAAAAAAUGUUACUUAAGCUUAAAGUAUGCUCAUUUCUCAUGUAUUUUCUCAUUUUUUAAAAUAGUUUUCAUAUUAAUUUCUUUUUUUCCCCAUUAACCAACCGUUUCACCUAACCAUUUCAGCGAAUAACAUUAUUUAUAUUGUAACUACUGUAUUAUCAUGGUUCACUACCUUUAAUAUUAUUAUUUUAUUGUAUCUGACCUUUUCGUAUGGAUUAUGUUCCUGUAAUGAAGGUUUUGUUUUCUUCACA